UGCAAAGUUUUUUUUUCCAAGAACGGAAAGGGUCAGUCAGAACUCCAAUUCCAGCCCCGGGAGGGAUCUGAAGUUGAUACUAUAUACACGAGUUUUAAGUCGUCCUGCUGCUGCUCCUGCACAUAUUGAUUAGAAAUCAAAUUUACGUCCGCAGAAAAAAAACCCACACACAAUAAAAACCAUGUCUCGCAACCCGGAGCGCACCUGGGUCAGGCGGUCGGAGUCCGCACCACGUGCGUUGACGAAGCCACCAGGCGCCACGAUGGAUGCCGGCAUGGGGCAGAUAGUGUGGCAGGCCCCGUGUCUCGUGAACUUCCAACCGUGCCAGGGUGGAGACAGACCGAAGAUAGGUACUUAUUGAAAUGCAGACAUUGACAUCAACAUACACAGAAUGCGCAAUUUUGGUUUUGCACAAUUGCAUGCUGUUGCCAUUUAGUACUUACUGCCUCGCACUGAAUGAAGUAGUCCUCAUGCCGGUUCACCACGGAUCGUCAUGUGUGCCUGUGCAACGCUCGCUCCUCCGCCCUCGUAUCACCAGUUUUGGGAUCUUGUUGAAUAGGUGAAGUGAUCAUACAAAUCAAUGCCAGCAACAUCACCAAGUACUUCAUGUUAAGUUAUAAUCAGGUCGUGAUCUGUUCGGCUCCGUGACGAAUCCAUACCAGUUUGACAAGACUUUUGUCAACCGAGUGGACAAUUUUAAGAAGCGAAUUGCGGAAAAAAUGGAAAUGGACGUCGAGACCGAAGCCCCAAGCAGCAGCAGGAGUUCAGGUAGUUACAGAGUUUUCAUGCGGGAUGUGCAAGCAGCACAGAUUUGUCAUGCACUUUGUGUGUCGUAAAUGCUAAUGCAAAAACCAAAAAGUGUGCAUUGUAAUACGAUGAAAUUUCCCACUAAAAUCAGGUUCCUCCUCCGUCCCCGAGCGUCAGUACUCCGUCCGGAGAUCACAAAGCUUCGAGUACACCAACCGAACACCCUUUACCGUGCAUGCCCAGUCAAGUCCUAACCUGGUGAUCAAUAUCGCCAGAAACAAACCGGGAUACAUGGGGUAUAAAAUUCAGUAUAGGAUCAUUUCUAUUUCUUUCAGUUUCACGCUAUUGCUCAUGUGAAUUCACGCGGCAAGCAGGGAACAGUGAGUACUAAUUACAUUUGUAGUUUGCUGGAACUUGAGAUAAAUGCAGUAGAAGGGGUGCUGGCGUGUCCAUGAUGCAGCUCUCUCUCCCGUUUUUUUCAUGGUUAUCUUUUGCAAUCAAUAGAAUUCGAAUUCCAACCUUUACUUAUUUAUCAGGUAUAUUCCCGGUGAGAAAGCAGAAAACGUUCACGGUCGCAUCUGGGCGAAGAUGGUGUCCGAUUGCGCACACCUUCGCGGCCCAGCAAAAUCCCAGCCGUGGGACGGAGCGCGGGGUAUGCUGCCCCUGCCAACGCCCUACCCGGAACUGCGGCACCACCCGACGCACUGGCUCGGGAACGGGUAUUAG